GCCUGCAGCUCCGACAUUGAGCUCUUGACAGAGCAUUUCGGGUAUCCUCCUGUGAGCUUGCUCGACGACAUCAUCAACAGCAUCAACAUCCUCGCCGAGCGCGCGCUCAACAGCGUCGAGCAGGGCCUGCUCAACGCGCCGCCGGCAUCCCUGGGUUUCCGGCCGCCGACGCAUUCGCUCGCCAACAGCAGCAACAAAGAAAAUGGCGGGCUGCCCAACGCCGAGGAGGCGCACCGCCACGAGAUUGAGGCCGGCACGCACCAGCUCGAGACGCUGCUGUGUGCGAGCAUCGACAAGAACUUUGACAAGUUCGAGUUGUACGUCAUGCGCUACAUCCUGACCGUGCGCCCCGAGGACCGCGACUGGAUCCGCCUGUCGCACUACGAGGGCCUCGACUUUGGCGCUGGCGCUGGCGCUGCCGCCAUUACCACUACCAGCGCCAGCAGCCCGACCGUCGAGAGCGUCAACCGCCUGCGGCGCCGGCUGCAGGCCAGCCAGAAGCUCAACGGCAUGCUCUACGCCGAGCGGGCGCGCAACGCGGCGCUGCUGGGCGAGUUGCGCAAGCUGGUCGGCGGCAGCGGCAGCGGCAGCGGGGGGCGGCAAGGCAUAAAGGAAGAAGAAGGGGCGACGGAGGAGCAGCAAGAGGGCGCCCCUCCCGCAGCAGCAGCCGGAAAACCGCUUUUUGGGUUUCUGCACCAGCAGGGCGACCUAGCCGAAGGCGGCGCCGAUUCGCCGCUGACCACAACGACAGCCUUCACGCUGUCGCAGCUGCAAGCACUAAGAGCACUAUCCUCAUCGCUCCAGAGCAUCCUGCCGGACCUAGCCGAUGAGGAUGACGAUGACAAUGACGACGACAACGACGAUGACGACGACAGGCGCAAAAAGAGCUGGCGGAGGGACCGCAUCGCCUACGUCGAGACGGCGACGCGCAAGCACCUCGAGCACGUGCGCGGGCUGGAGCUCGGCCGCAACGGCGAGGUGCGCGACGGCGAGUGGCACGGCGAGGGCCGCCGCCUGCAGCCGGGCGAGGUCGAGGGUCUCGAGAAGGUCGUCGCUAUACUCGGAGGUGGC